GGAAGAGGAAACUUGUAAGAUUAUUUUCAACGCGACCAAUGAUACAUUUUGUGUAAUUACUACGAGAACAUCCUCGGUUUGUGGUCAAAAAAGUGGUUUUAUAGAAGUUGAAAGACGGUUUGUGGAAAAAGUGCAUUGUGCAUUAUAUCAGUCCUGCAGAUGUAAUAUUUUGUCGUUGGUAAAAAGUGAUAAUGUUUAAUUUUAGAUCGUUUAUUCUUAUGACUUGUUUUUUGGUUUCCGUUUUUAGUAGUAAUCUGGAAGACGUGGAUUUCGACUUUAGUGAUGACAUUUCAGAUAAGCGAUUUAAAAGGGAAUUAAAGACCGGUGGAAAUAAAGCAUCUAAAACCGGAAAAUCACUGGAAUGCGUUUCUCCAAUUUGCAAAUCCGCUACCUCCCAAAUGCUGGUCGCCAUGGACCAUUACGCGGAAGCUUGCGAAGAGUUUCAAGAAUUGGUAUGCGGUAAUAAAAUACAAAUCAACGGUUUGACGAUGGAAAAUUUCGAUGUGCUGAAUAACUAUGUCAAUACUAAAAUCACUUACAAGUCUGAGAAAUUCCUGCAGGAUUUCAAAAUGUUUUACGAGAGCUGUACGCAUUAUUCCAUUGAAUUUAAUUUUUUGAAAAAUUUAGAUUUCGUAAACACUUUAUCUGCUGGGGACAUCACAGAGGUAUUUGUAGAAUCGAUUCUUACUCAGUCGAUGCCGUUUUUUGAUAUUGGCCUUGAUAUAGGAACUACAGAUGAAUCUUAUCAGUUUUUGCUAACUCUUCCAGGAGAAAGCUACCUCAAAACUCAUACUUUGGGUUGGUCAAUCUUAGAGAAAACUCAAAAAGGCUGCCUGGAAAUUACACAGGAUUCCAUUGCAACCAAGACUAUAGACUUGGAUGCAAUUCACAAGAAUUAUACAACUUGCAAACAUGAAAUGUUGUUAAAAUAUGCCAAAAAUUUCGAAAACGUUAUGAUAUCAGCAAAUAAAAUGACUAACAAUGAGGCAUUUCUGAAUGAAUUACUGGAACUUUAUCAACUGAAUCUUCUACCUACAGAGUUUAUAAGAAGCACAAUGAAUUCCAGAACGUUUACAGAAAUGACAAUUAACGAAAUAAAAAGCAAAUACGGCGUUAUAGAUUGGAAACUGUUUUUCGAAAAAAUUACGUCCAAUAAAACGUUUACAGGAGACGAAAAAGUAUUGGUAGCUUUUCCGGGUUAUUUCCAGAAUGUAUUUAAUGCUCUAAGUAAAUACGAUACAGGCAAAUUAACAAAAAUGUUGCAACAAUUAACGAGCCUUCAUCUUUACUACAAUCUUUUGACAAAUCAACUGAAUAAAAAAUUGUACUGCAUGGAUCUAGCUCAACAAAUUAUGCCAGAUGUUGUAUCUUGGAUCCUCUAUGAUCUGUCGCCUGCCAAAAAAAUAUUCCUAGCUGUCUACCAGUCCAAUAAAAUGUUCGCCGAUCUCAAGAAGACGCUAAAAAAAUCCUUUCAGGAUUCAUCAUUAGAUGAUAUGUCGAAGGAUAAAUUCGUUAAGAAACUCGAUAGGUUGAAUUUGGGUUUGAUAACUUCCGGUGAUACUAAUUCUACUAGAGAUAAUUAUAAAUUCGUUAAAGUUAGAGAAAAUUUCCAGGAUAAUGUUGUGAGUUUGCUGAAAAACUACAGGAGAUUUUUAUAUAACGUUGUUGGGUCUAAGUCUUCACCGGCAACAUUGUUAAACUUUUUUGUUAAUGGAUUUUAUCGAAAACCUGUGACAUUUUAUACAAGCGAUUCCAUAGUUUUACAUCCAGAAAUCUACAAAACUGUGCCCACCGCAUUGCCAGAACAUGUUAGAUUAGCUAAGCUAGGCUUUUCUCUUGCCCAAGGGAUUAUCAGACACUUUGACAGCACGGGCCGAUUGUACAUGACUGAUAACAUAAGAUCCAAUGAUAAAUAUUACGAUGACUUAACCAUUCACAUGACUGAGAUUUUUGACAAAUACUAUGUUAAAACUCCUUACGAAUUUCACAAAAGUAAACUGAAGUUCAAGCCUGUCAGUGGGAAGGAGUUUGUAAAUGAAAUGAUAACGGACAACGCCGCUUUUAGAUUAAUCACAGAGUCUUUCGGUAAAGUGAAGAAACCCAAAGAAUUGCCGUGGAUUGUCAACGGAAGCCUAACUUUUAAUCAAACCUUCUUUAUUGCUGCUGGACAAGAAUUUUGUGACGACCAGUCAGUGGCGACAUUCAUGCGCGAUUUGCUAGAAAAGCGCCAUCUUCCAUUUCAAAUAAAGAUACGUAACAUCGUGAGCAAUUCGGGACUUUUUACCAAUUCGUUUAGUUGCGUUGAAGGAUCUUCAUUGUGGUUGGAUCCGAGUAUUAUUAGACAGUUUCCUCAAGCUCCCGACGAAUAUGAGGAUGGAGGGCAAGCUGAGGGACAGUAUGAAGAUUAAAUAAAUGUUUAAAAACGUA